AUGGGUCGUGUCAGUCGCAGACUGCGCGUCCCUGACGCCCCUGAAGGCACUCGCUCUGAGCUGUUCCUGCUCAAUCAUGACCUGCAACCUGUCCCAAAGGAGAAGAGAGCAUGGUCUGCCCGCAACUUUGCCAUGUUCUGGAUCGCUGACAGCGUCAACAUCAACUCGAUGCAGAUUGCCAGUUCUGGUGAGUUGGGUCGACGUGCACGCACGAGCAUAGACGCUACCCAACCCCGCGACCUGACUGGCCCCUUCCCGCUUCUCUCUGGCCCAACGCACCGCUCAAAGCCAUGGUCGCUGGACUUACAUGGUGGGAAGCGCUCAUCGCUACCGCACUUGGCUACUCGAUCACUGCCUGCUUCAUCGUCAUGUCUGCUCGACUUGGAGCAGUGUACCAUGUCCCCUUUCCCGUCAUUGUCAGAUCCUCCUUUGGUCUCUUUGGUGCCAUCUGGCCCGUCAUCAACCGUGCAGUCAUGGCGUGCGUCUGGCAAGGUGUUCAGGCAUGGAUCGGAGGUACUUGCAUGGGCGUCAUGAUGAGAUCCAUCAUUCCCGGUUACAACAACAUUCCCAACAAGCUCUCACCUUCCGUCGGCAUCGAGUCCAAGGACCUUCUCAGCUUCUGGCUCUUUGGUCUCAUCAACCUCCUAUGCGUUCUGCCUUCCCCACAGAAGUUGAGACACAUCUUUACCGUCAAGGCUGUCGUUGCACCCAUCGCCCUCGUCGCCUUCCUGGCGUGGACUUUGGCCGAUGCUGGCGGUCUUGGUCAAGUCAUUCGACAACCGGCGACCAUCUCGGGUAGCACGCGCGGCUGGGCCUUUGUCGGCGCCGUCUUUGCUUGCAUCUCCAACAAUGCCACGCUCAUCACCAAUCAAGCAGACUUUGCGAGAUUGUCGAGCAAGAAAUCCGACACUGUUCUGCCCCAGCUGCUCACCAUGCCUCUUGGAUUCACCAUCACCUCGCUCUUUGGUGUGCUCAUCGCUGCGGGAGGUCAAGCGCUUACCGGCACCCUCUACUGGGACCCCAUCGGCUUGCUCAAUGCUCGACUCGACCCGAACCCUUACGAUUCCAAGACUAGAGCGGCGUGCUUCUUCCUCGGAGCUUCCUUUGUCAUCGUCCAAAUCGGUCUCAACGUCGCUGCCAACUCUUUGAGUGCAGGAUCAGACUUCACCGCCCUCUUGCCUCGCUACAUUAAUAUUCGUCGUGGAAGCGUCAUUUGCUGGGCAGUCGGAAUGGCCUACUGCCCUUGGUUCAUCCUCUCAUCCAGCAGCUCAUUCACCACCUACCUAUCCGCCUACUCGCUCUUCCUCAGCAGCAUCAUCGGUGUGAUGAUGGCAGACUACUACGUCCUCAGGCGAGGCUGGAUCGAUGUACCGGCCCUUUUCAGAGCGCACAAUGCGACGGGCGACGGCAAGUCUCAAUUCUACUACAAUUUCGGCUUCAACUGGCGAGCUUAUGCCGGUUACGUUGCAGGAAUUGCCAUGUCCGUGACGGGUUUUGCCGGUGUGCUCGGCGCCAACGUUUCGAUCGUCGCCGAGCGAAUCUAUACGCUGGCGUUCCCCAUCGGAUUUCUCGUUUCCGGCAUCGUCUAUCUCGCGUGCAACUACAUCUCUCCCGUACCCGAGACGGUCAACCUCAAGAGGGACCGCAAGACUUGGCUCGAACCUAGAGGUCCUACGGGAUGGGAGGACUCGUACUGGACAGGAAGCGAACCGGCCGCUACUGCUGCCAUCGAUGAGGAAAAUCAGAGCUCGCAGAUCAGCUCAAAGGACGAAAAGACGAGCGGUGAGGGUGCGACGAUGACGAACAAACCUGCUGUAGCUACGGUAGACUACUAG